AUGACUGAACGCGACACUCUUUUGUCUGCUGCGCGUUCCGAGACGGUUGUGCAGACGCGCGAUCUGCCCAUCAGUCUCACCGACUCCGUGUUGCAGAACCAACGCGAUACUGGACGGCCGCCAUCGCGCACGCGCCGCAGCUCGACGUCGAGCAAGGCGUCGAACCUCUCCAUGUCGCCCCCGGUCGGUGCUGCUGUGGGCCGACGCGCGUCGACACGCCGCGGGAGCGACGCGACGCGUCCUGAUCUGAACGGAUCGCGCGCGCGCCGCAGCAGCGACGUGAGCCGCCGUGGCAGCGACGCUGGUAUGCGCCCCGUCGUACGCGGUGAGGAGCCGCAAGCCCUUGCGACUCGCCAACGCAGCGGUAGCGAGGCCGCGCGUCUUCCCGACCACGCGGAGGAGGAAGAUGACGACGAUGAGUUCUUCGACAUGGAACCUGAGCCCUCGAAGGCGGCUUCCGCCAAGACGCGCGCCCCUGCAGCCCGGGAGCGCGAUCUUCCUGCUGUGCCUGUGGCGGAGCGCACCGAGUCUGCGGCCGCGCGCCCUGCGCGGUCUGCCACCUCGAGCCGUGCCGCGAAAGGCGCGGCGGCGGCGGCUGGCGGUGCUGCCGUCGGCGCGGCGGGUGGUGCUGCGGUGGGUAAAGCCGCGCCGGAUGCCCCCAAGCACGACUCGCAGCUCCUCUUCCACCAGGCCAAGGACCGUGCUGACCGGAUUUCGAAGCUGAAGACUUCGGACGUGAUGAUAACUACGGAGGAGCUUCGCGACGACAUUGCGCUUGCACGUCGUGCGAUGCACCUCUUUUUGAACAGUCGCAUGCACGAAGCGUAUGAGCUGGUCACUGUGCACUCUGAGAAGCGCCUCUACUAUGCGGUGGCCUAUGCGCUGCUUUCCACCAUCAAAGCCAUCAUGACCUUUGAGCACCAGGACCUUGCGACGGCUAUUUCGCACUGCAAGGACGCGCUAUCCAUUGCAUCGCACCUGCGCAAGCGUAGCUCGGUCAUUACCUCCUUUGGCCGUUUCGUCCGUGGCGCCGGCCCCUCGGUGACGUGGGUCGCGACAAUGACGCCGGUGCAGCAGCACGCCGAGCUUGUGACGGCCGAGUGCACGCUGCUCAAGGCUGUUCUUGGCAUUGCGCACUCUGGUGACAUCUUUAGUUUCCUGAGCGAGGCGCUGCACAUGCGCGCGGCGUACGGUGCCUACCACAGUCUGCUCAAGUUUAUCGAGUGGGAGGACCAGCACGGGAGCGGCACGUCGGGAGCGACGCACUCGGACAAUGACUUCCGCAGCGGUGUGUACCUUGGUUCCGGCUGCAUCAGCCUGAUCCUCGGCCUGCUCCCCAGCAAGGUGCUCAAGAUCAUGGAGGUCUUUGGCUACGAAGGCAAUGUCGACGUCGGUCUGCAGCUCAUGUCUAAGGCCGGCAAGUGGUCGAGUGAUCCCGCGGUGAAGGAGCCUGGCGAGACGAUCGAGACAGAGGGUGUACGUCGUGUGCUCUGUGACAUGACGAUGCUUGUGUACCACCUGGUCGUCUCCACGUUUGUGCCCGUGCCCGGUGUGGACAUCCCCUAUGCGGAGAAGGUGCUCGACUACCACCUGGAGCGCUACCCCCGUGGUGUCUUUUUCCUCUACUUCCACGGCCGCCUCUAUUCGACGCAGGCGCUUUCGAAGCACGCGAUCGAGUGCUUCAAGGAUGCGCGCGACAUCCAGGAAGAGUAUGUGCAGCUCAAGCACAUCUGUUACUGGGACAUGUCGCUCUGCUCUAUGUCGCUGGCGCAGUGGCGCGACACCUACGACGACUUUUCCGUGCUCGCCGAAGAGAACAACUGGUCCAAGGCCGUGUACAACUACGGCCGUGCCGCCGCGCUGUACCAGUGCGACGAUGCCGCCUCGCGCGAGCAGGCGGCAGACAUCUUUGCGCGUGUCCCUUCAAUGACACAAAAGAUUGCCGGCAAGAGUAUCCCCCUGGAGAAGUUUGUUGCACGCAAAGCACGCAAGAUGAUCGAGCAGGGCUACCUGACGCUUCCCGCGAUGGAGUUUGCAUACAUGUGCCAUUGCUACACGACCGCAUCGCACCGGUCGCUCACGCAGGUCCUGCUGCCGAUGGUCGACGACACGCUCGCCCAGCUCGGCUCGGGCGAGGCGACCGGCGAGCGCCUCGACGACCUGUGUCUCGCGCACUUUUUGCGUGGUGUGAUCCUGCGCAACAUUGCAUACCCCGAGGAGCACGUGCGCUUCGACGGCAAGCGCCGCAUGUCCGUCAAGGACGCCGCGCGCGAGUCGGAAAAGAGCCUGCUCUACGUUGCGAACCACGGCGCAAAUCUCUCGUACGACCACUACCUGGUGUACUUCAGCCACUACGAGCUCGGUCGCCUGUACAUUGGCGAGCGCCGCUACGCCGAGGCGCGCUCGGAGCUCGAGAUCAUUCUAAGCAACAAGAACCUCGGUGACCACGGCCGCAAGGGCAAGUACAGCAUGCAGAACAUGGCCGUCCUGCGCUCCAACGGCGCGCUGGAGCUCCUCGACCAAGCCGAGCGUAUGUAG